AAUAUUUACUUUUGUUUUAUUAAAUUUGUUGUGUUACUGAAAAGGUACCUUCAGUGAUCCGUUUUAAGCAUAAACGCAUCAAAAUCCAGGCACUAACUGUUGUUUCACUUUUUCAGGCAUUUAUUUUCAGCGUGAUGAAGGGUCCCUUCAUAGAGGAGUUCUACCAGUGCGUCACUUUUGGCUUCUACACGGCGGCGUGGCAGGAACAGUUUUAUACAACCCUCAGCCUCAUUUUGAUGUUCCUUCUACCCCUCAUCAUCCUCAUCGUCACGUACAUAACCACCUUCACAACAAUAGCCAGCCAAGAAAACAUGUUCUCGGAAUCCCUCACCAGAUCACCACUCGAAGAUGCUCGGCACAAAAUUUUGCACAAAGCCAAAAUCAAGACGUUAAUGAUAACAGUGGUCAUAGUUUUGACAUUCGUGGUCUGUUGGACACCCUAUUAUGUGACAAUGGUUAUAUUUAUCUUCUUGGAACCGAACGAAGAACUAAGCGAAAACCUCCAGGCUUUCGUCUUCUUCUUCGGCAGUCUGACAUCCAUGAUCAAUCCUCUCAUCUACGGGGCUUUCCACCUGAGAAGAAGGAAACCGCGUCCUUCCAAAUCCACUACUUACAUGAAUAAUAGCAGUUCUUCGCGAGUGGAUCUCUCGUUGGCCACUUUCCACAGAGGUUGAAAUAAUAAUUAAUGCCAAGUCGCCAACUGCUCUUAAAGAAGUUCGAUUCAAUCAAACAGCGUUACAAAUUGAGGCGAUUUUUUCCUAAUAUCCUACAUGGCAAAAGGAUAAUCCAAAUAAAUUAACUUAAAACUUUAAUGAAUAAUCCAAAGAAACAUGCAGGGGAAUCUAUUACUUAGAGUUUUUGGCCAAAUUAUUA